GCCAAGGGCAGCCACCGUUUCACCUGCCAUGGAAACGGGCGAAGAAGCGCCCCUGGCUAUGCCAUACCCUCCAGAGGGCGUGGAAUGGCACAAUCGCUGGGCGGAGUUGGAAAAUGCCUAUGCGCUCCUGGAGAAGCAAAAUCAGUCCUUGCAGAAACAGGUGUCCGAUCUGAAAGGAGCCCUGCACGAGAAAUUGCAGGAGCCCCCAGCAACGGAGGACACUGAGCUGAGGCAAAAGCUCCAGGAGCAGGUGGAUUUGCUGCUCACAGAAGAGGUGCGCAAGGAAGAGAAGAUCGCCAGGUUCGCUAAGGAACUAGAAGAACAAACCGGAAAGAUGUCGGAGCUGAGCCGGGCGAAGUUUCAGUUGGAAUAUGAGAAGAGCAGGACGGAGUCCGAGAUCUUGCCCAUCAAGGCUGAGAGGGAUCGAUUACAAAGCGAGAAACAGAUGAAGGAUCGCAUCAUCGAUGAUUUGCGGAAGGAGUUGGCGUCCUCUCGAGAUGAACAGGACAAACUUUUCCGGGAGAAGUUCGAGAUGGCCCGAGACCUGCGUCGCCAGCUUCAGGCUGAAAAGGCUGCUGCAUCAUAUCAGCAGCAAAUGGCCGAGGAAGCUCUACAGGCCCAGUACCGAGAGAAGAAGCUCAAAGAGGAGCUGGAACGCAAGGUGAAGGAUCUCCAAGAGGACUUCGCCAACAAAAAGGCGGCUUUGGAGGAUCAGCGGCGCAUCAGCGAUGACCGCGCCCAACGCAUGGACGAGAAUUGGAAGACAGCGCAGGCGCAGCUGGCUGAGACCGUGGCUGACUUGAAGUCCGCCUGCGAGGUGCGGGAUGAAAUGGCCAUGGAACUCCAAAUGCUGAAAACCGAAUUGGAGGAGCAACGACAGCAAUACCAACGCCUGAGCCAAGAGCAUGAGGACUUUUUGCGUCGCCGCAUUCCUGGGGCUGACACCGGUGAGCUGCCGAAUGGCUAUGAAAGCCUGACCGAGCUGGUGCGCAUCGCCCACACCUCACGGCAAGAGGCCUUACAGGAACGUGCCGCCAAGGAAAACCUACAAAAGGUCCUGCAAGACAUCGAGCGCGAGAUUCGGCAGCGUUAUCCCGUGCUGAUGAGUCAAAAUCAAGAACUGAAGGAGCUACGGGCACAGAAUGCCGAGAUGAAAGAACAGAACCGGAUCAUCUAUCAGAAGGCGAGGGAAUACGCGACCUACAACCGGGACGCGGAGGCUCGGGCGCAGCGCGCCGAGCAUGCAUAUACGAUCGCCGAUCUACAUGCUCAUGAUCUCACGAAGCAGCUGGCAGUACUGCUCCAUGACAAGAAUAGGUGGUCCAACGCCAGCCUGGCAGCAUCCAGAGCCACCUUCUUCCAGAUGACGAAGGCAGCCGAAGAAGAAGGAGAAUGGCCUUUGAGUUCAGUGCAGGACGUGGUCCAGCAAAAUGUGGCCCUGCGCAAAGCCCUGCGACAGUUGGAAGCCAGGUGCCAGGAAGAAGAUGCCAAAGAGAAGGAAGCCAUGGAAGAUCGGGAGCAACAACUGGAAGGUGAGUUGGAAAAGAAGGCGGAAGAACUCCAGGAACUGACCAGCCAGCUGCAGGAGCUCAAGGAUGCUGUGGAAGAUGUUUCACGGCAUCGCGAUGCUGCGCUGCGCAAGGUCAAGACUUUGGAGGCUGCUCAGGCGGCGUUGCCUCCCAGAAGCACAGGAUCGGAGCAUCACGCGGCGCAGGCGCCAGCGGAGGACCCCAAGUUGCAGCGUUUGGCCGCGCGAGAAGAGGAGUUGCGGACCCAAGUCCUGGAGCUGCAGAAGUCGAGCAGCCAGGCCUCCUGCGCCUUGGCCACCGCAGAGGCCAAGUUGGACUUUGAACGGCAGCGCCGCGGCGACGCGGAGGAGAGCUCGAAGCAAUUGAAACGUGAAGUGAAAGAGGUCCAGGAGCGUGUGAAUCAGCAAGCGAAGUUCAUUGAAGACCUGCGAGAAGAGAAGUGCAUUGAGGAGCGAAAGCUUCGCGAAGCGCAGCACACCCUUCAGAGCGCGCAGAGUUCCAAAGGAGAAGUGGAGUCCAUGUUGAAGGCAGAAGAAUCGAAGGUCUCCACUUUGGAGAAGAGCCAUGCAGUGCUGCAGACGGAGAAGCAGUUGCUGGAGCGUGAAGUGGCCGCCCUGCAAGUCAGGACCAGCCAAGAGCGAGAAAGUUUGAAGAGAGAUUUGGAGGAACAGUACAAGAAGCAGGAAGAUCUCGUUUUGAACUUAUCCAAGAAGAGUCAAGAGGACAUGCAAAGACUGGAGGCCACGCUGAGGGAAAGCCGGGAGCAGGCGGCACAGGCUACUCAGCGAGCGAAGGAGGAACAAAUUGCCAAGCUGGAGGCCAAGUUGGCGGCCGCCCAGCGGGAGAUCGAGCGCCGCAGCGGGUUUCGGAGCUCGGCAGAGGUGGUGGCGGAGGCUGAAACUCAGCUGGAUCGUUCGGAGCACAUGAUGGAUCAGCUCAUGAAUCCUGAGCAGCGAGGUGACGUCAGACUGGCACAAGUGGCAGAAAGGGAGGAACAACAUCGGAAGACGGUGGAGACCUGGAAGAAGCUCUUGGCGCAGCAAUCGGCAGAGCUCCGUGAUUCCAAGGCGGAACAGGAACGUUUGGAGGAGGAAGUGAAUUCUCUGAAGGCGAAGUUUCAAGAGGAACGUGAAAAGAUAGAGGAAGCCUCGCAACGAGACAAGGUGAAAGCCUCUGAGUUGGCUGUACGCUUGGAUGAGACCCGGACCGAGGUCUUGGGUCUCAAAAGCCAAGUGGAAGCGUCCAAUGUGGAGCUGGAGACUGCCAAGCUGGACUGGGAGCAAAAACUGAGGGAUUCCACAGAGCAACUGUCGUGCUUGGAGCGCGAGAGGAAGGACUUGCAGGACCAAGUGCAGAAGGCGGAGCAAAAGUACCAAGAGGAAGUGAAGUUACACGCCACCGAUGCCAAAGAGCUGGGCUCUGCCCACGAACGCCUCACUGAACUUGACAGGAGCUGCCUCCAGCUGAAGCAUCAGGUUGCAGACCUGGAACGCGAGACGCUGCGUGCCCGCGAGGAGCGCAAGGAGGAGCUGAGCUCCGCGCGGAAACGCAUGGAGCAAGCAGAGAGGCAUGCUGAGAACCUCUCGGAAGAGAACGCCCGGUACCGUGAUCAGAUGGUUGCGUUGAGCCGCGGCAUCGAGUCGUCGGAACAGGCGUCCUCAGUGCUUCUGGAGAUGAAACAGGCGCGCGAGCUGGGCGAAGUGGAACGCCGCAAAUUGGAAUUGCAGAAGACGCAGAUCGAGGAGGACGCCAAAGCCGUGCGUGCGGAGAACCAAAGUUUGCGGGAACAGCUGGCGAACGAGCAACGAGAGAAUUGGCGUUUACAAAAGGACUGUCAGCUAGAAACACAGUCCAGAGCCAAGUUGCUCCAGAUCGAUAUGAUCGAAGACGAGAAUUGCAGAUUGGAGGCUGAGAAUAAGAUCAUGAAGUCAAAACUGGAAGAGGCCGAGAAAAAGGCGGAUGCCACCACGAAUCCACUGGUGGAGCAACUUGAAGUGGCAAAGAAGAGAACCGGCGAAGUGGAAUCGGAGUUGAAGCAGUUGAAGAGCAAGGCCGAUGAGUGGAAAUCUAUGUAUGAGGCCUGCAAGUUCAAAGAGGAUGACAUCAAGAAGUGGGAGGUUCAACAAGCAGAGCUGAAGUCGAACGUCACUUCUUUGGAGGCGAUUUUGGCUCCGGAGAAGAUCGGCUCGCUGCAGGGGAAGUUGGAGGAGGAACAGAAAAUCUGCAAAGAGGAGAAGUCGAAGGUCCAAGAUUUGACCAAGGCUAGGGAUGCGCUUCAAGGCACGUUAAAGACCAAGGAGGCGGAGUUCAACAAGCAGGCCUCUGCCUUGAAAGCUGUGCAGGGCAUCAAAGAGCUCCACACCCGACGUCUACAUGAGUUGGAGGCAGAAACCAAGAAACUGAAAGAGGAGAACCAACGGCACAAAGAGCCUGAGGAGGUAAAACAGCUGCAGAAACGUGUCCAUGAGUUGGAGGCAGAAACCAAGAAACUGAAAGAGGAGAACCAACGGCACAAAGAGCCUGAGGAGGUGAAACAGCUGCAGAAACGUGUCCAUGAGUUGGAGGCAGAAACCAAGAAACUGAAAGAGGAGAACCAACGGCACAAAGAGCCUGAGGAGGUGAAACAGCUGCAGAAACGUGUCCAUGAGUUGGAGGCGGAAACCAAGAAAAUGAAAGAGGAGAACCAACGUCUAAAAGAUCCUGAGGAAGUGAAGCAACUGCAGCGCCACGCCGAUACGGCGCUGCAUUUGGCCAUGGAGUACCGCACGGCCAUGGAGGUCCUUCUGCCCGAGGUGGAAAAGCGUGCCGAUGCCGCGCGUCCCAUCGCACCUGCCGCGGCCGCGCCAGCGACUGCGCCAGGGACCGCGCCGGCGACGAACGCGCCACCACCGACGGCGGCGUCUCCGGCGCAGAAAGAGACCACUGCGCAGAAAGAGACGAGUUCAGUGGAAAGCAAGGAUGCCGCCAAAGAGGCAAAGCGGCCGGCAGUGCCAGGGGCCCUUGGUCAGGCGACCGCGCAGCCAAAGCCAGCACAGCCAGCCGCACCGGAAGCGAGGACAGCGGCCCCUCCUGCGGUCACGACGACGACCACGAGCGUCGUCCCGCCUGCCACGCCCGUGGUACCCAAGGAGUCACCCGAAUCGGCACCUGCAAAGCGUAAGGAGCAACCUGUGCAACAACCUGGCCAGGUUGAGCGCGCAGCCAAAACGGCAAGGAGUGAAGGCCCUCCAGUGAAGAAGCAGCCGGUGCCAGCAAAGGCCCCAGCUGCAUCUGGAGGUGCACCUGCAAGCACCACCACCGCUGCCGCACCGGCCUCGGCGGCCACGCCGCCGACGACGCCGGCGCCGUCGCCGGCGCUGACGCCGCGGGCGGCCCCCAUUGAAAUCAUGGACGUGGAUGAAGAGCCGCCCAAACCAUCCUCGUGAGGAGGCAAGGUGCCGCUGGCACUUGAAGAUUGAGCAAAGAGAUGCAGCUGU